UGGUUAGGCUAUUUGUUCAGCUUUGUUAGUAAUAAUUUUGCUCAACCUGGCCUAUGCCCAUAUCUCGCUGGUUCUUCUCUGCUAAUACUGUGCAUUUCUCAAAUUCCAGUCAAGAUGUGAUUACGUAUUUGCGACAGUGUUUUUACAUGGAGCUGCAUGUUUGAGUCCAGAUGGCUUUGGCUUUGCUUGGAUGACCAGGUGGUGGCUCAGUAUCCGUCCAACCAUUCCCAACAGCUGCUGCUUUCAGCUUGAGCAAGCACAGCGCUGAGACCGCUCACCCUAAUGUAGGCCUAACUGUGCGUGUUCCCCCCUCUUCUCUGGCACUGCUAUGUCUGAGUGAGAGAGCAGUGUGAAAAUGUGUAAAACAUGGCCGUUUUUCACUGUCAAGUCUCAGUCUGCUCCAAAACAGAAUGGAUUGUUUCAUUCAUGGCUGUGCUUUGGAGAUCUGAGGUCCUUUGUUUGAACAAUAUCAACAGUGUUUUAGAAGAAAAUGAAGAAUGGUGCUGCUCCCUAUUGGAGCACAAGGUUAUUAUUGUGGGCCUGGACAAUGCGGGGAAGACCACCAUACUUUAUCAGUUUUCUAUGAAUGAGGUGGUCCACACGUCUCCUACAAUAGGCAGCAACGUGGAGGAGAUAGUGGUGAACAACACGCACUUCCUGAUGUGGGACAUCGGAGGACAGGAGUCACUGCGAUCCUCCUGGAACACGUACUACACUAACACAGAGUUUGUGAUCGUAGUGGUAGACAGCACAGACAGAGAGAGAAUCUCUGUCACCAAAGAGGAGCUCUACAGAAUGCUUGCACAUGAAGACCUGAAGAAGGCGGGCCUGCUGAUUUUUGCUAACAAACAGGAUGUGAAAGGCUGUAUGUCUGUGGCUGAGAUCUCUCAGAGCCUGCAGCUCACCUCAGUCAAAGACCACCAGUGGCACAUCCAAGCCUGCUGCGCCCUCACUGGGGAGGGGUUGUGCCAGGGCCUGGAGUGGAUGAUGUCACGACUGCGGGUUAGAUGACCUUUGACCCUGAUCAACAACAACAGUGUGCUGUUCCUUUCUUCUCUCUACACCUUCAGUCCUGAGAGAUUGGGUGGUUGACAGGCGGCUCUUUUCCUCUCCAUGAGACUGACUUGACCCGGUUGGCCAGACUCCCUACCGGCCAGGAUGUUGUUUUUCUGCUGCGUGUUUAUUUAUUUCUACAGAACACUGAUCUGCUAUGACUGAGAACUGUGAACAACCAGAACUGUACCACUCUACCAUUUCAGGAUCCAUUCUGGAAAGAAAAACUAAACAAAAGACUCAUGAAAUCCGGUGUAUUUAAUUUCUGAAUCUGCACGCUUGGUUUUCAUACUAUAAGAAAAAAAGGAAUGCUUGGGACAGCUCAGACUUAACAGGAGUCGUCUUUAGUGGUGUGUGAGUGGCCCUGCCUGCCCAGAGUGGCCUUGUUGCAGUGUUGUCGGACGGCCUGAGGUGGUGGUAUUGCCCUGUGUGUACAGUCCAGUAUUUACAUUACAUCUGCAUCCCAAAUGGGAUAUGGAUAUAUAUAUAUCAGCAAAAAAAGAAACGUUUUCUCUCUGUCAACUGCAUUUAUUUUCAGCAAACUCAACAUGUGUAAAUAUUUGUAUGAACAUAACAAGAUUCAACAACUGAGACAUAAACUGAACAAGUUCCACAGACAUGUGACUAACAGAAAUGGAAUAAUGUGUGUCUGAACAAAGGAGGGG